UUAUACACACCGUCUGUGCAUAAUUAGUCAGUAGGCGUGGCCAGGGCGCUCUAAUUAGAGUGUGUACAAAGAAGCAUGUCGGGUGGCGCGAACGCUAGGUCUAGGGUGUUUGAGGCGCUGCAGUGUGCUUGCAGUCAGGAUCCUAGCGUGCUGAAGGUUGGCGAACAACAGUUAAAGGCGUGGGAGAAAGAGCCGGGAUUCUACACGGCUUUAUCCUUUGUGAUAGGUGAAAGGGGCUUGGAUCCUAGCGUGAGAUGGAUGGCAAUCACCUACAUAAAGAACGGAGUUGAAAGAUACUGGAGACCUGGGGCUCCCAAUGGCAUCACCGAAGAAGAAAAAGCUGUGGUACGAACCACUCUGUUGCAAUGUAUAGAAGAGCCAGUUCAGCAGGUAUCGUCCCAGUUAGCUGUCUUGGUGGCCCGGAUUGCUCGUCUGGACUGUCCCGAAAACUGGUCCGAACUUAUUCCUCUCCUCACUAAAGGUGUUCAGAGUUCAAACUCUCUACUUCAGAAGUGCAGUCUGGGUACCAUGAAACAUGUCGUCAAGUCGCUCGCCACACGGCGGCUCAUGCCCCAGCGAAAAGCCUUCUUCGAGAUCACGCAGAGCCUCUUUGUCUAUCUGGCCAAGCUGUGGACCAGCUACCUGCAGGAGAGUCUGGCUGGUCUGGGGAAGGAGGGGUUCGAGCUAGCUCUGGCUCCUCUGGAACUGUCUCGAACAUGCCUCAAAAUUGUGCGGCAGAUGAUGGUGUACGGGUUCCCAAAAUUCCACGGGGUUCUCGAAGCACUGCAAUUCCUACACCAAGUUCUCGAUCGUGUACCGGUGUUUUUGGAACUCAGGUCUCAGCUCUCGCAAGAACACGCAACUGCAAAUUCACUGGAGAAGAACAUUACACUAAUGAUGAAAACUCUUCAAGAAGUACAGAGUCACCAUCCGAUAGGGUAUGUUUCAUUCUUGACCCCGACACUUCAGCUGGUGUACACCACCAUUGUAGAGCCAAGGGACGAAGGGCAGCUGUACGAAAGGUUCAUCAUACAGGCCAUGAAUCUUCUCAAACAGAUCAUAAAGUGCGAAGACUAUAACCUGCCGACCAGCCUGCAACUAUCCGAGUCUGUCCCACCUCCCCAAGUAAUGGACGCACAGCAGGCUAAACUGGCUUUUUUCAAGGCGUCGACCUGUCAGACUAUUCUACAAAGACUAGUCUGUCACUACAUGCCACUCUCUCAACAGGAGCUACAGAACUGGGAAGAUGAUGCGGAGGAAUUUGCUCAGGAGAAAACCGGUGAAGUGCAUCAGUAUUCCCUUCGAGUAUGUGUUGAAACCAUGUACGUCUGUCUACUACACGAAUACCAACAAACACUAACACCAACUGUCCUAACGCUCAUCAGAAAUGUUCAGGCUGUGGAUGCAAGUGCUGAGUUUGACUCCCUCAGACUAAAGGAGGCAGUGUACAAGGCGGCAGGUUUGGGAGCCUUCCAGCUCUAUGACGACAUAGACUUCGACAGUUGGUACCAGAGGCAGCUGCUUGCAGAGCUGCAAGUCAACGAGUCAAGGUACAAGAUAGUGAGGCAUCGAGUGGUGUGGCUGAUUGGUAACUGGGCAACAGUCAAACUCUCCCCCUCCCUACUCACGUCCAUAUACUUCAACCUCCUCGCUGUACUUCGACCCCAGGAAGACCUAGUGAUACGGCUCACGGCGGCUGACUCUCUCAGAUUGGUGAUUGACGAUUUUGAGUUCUCGGCUGAAGAAUUCUCUCCGUAUUUGGCCGACUGUGUCCAGCUCCUGGUUCAAUUGCUCUGUACUGUCAGCCAACCUGACACAAAGUUGAGAGUGCUGACUGUUCUGUCCAUCCUAAUGGAGAGAAUGGAAUCACACAUCCAGCCACACAUCCCCACACUCCUCCAAUGUCUCCCCUCUCUCUGGGAGACCUCAACUCAGGAAAACUCGUCUCUCUUGCGAAUCGGUGUUCUGAAUACUCUCACUAAUAUUGUGAGAGGCCUGGGGCCACUGUCUAUUCAGCUACACGAGUUUGUACUGCCCGUGGUUCAUCUCGCGACUGACGUGAAUACGCCAGAACAUGUUUAUCUGAUGGAAGAAGGACUGGAUCUUUGGAUGUCACUCAUUCACUACUCUCCUGCAAGCUCCGCCCACCUUCUCCGGCUGAUAACGAACAUCGCCGGACUCCUGGGGCUCACUGCUAGCGACUCUAACUCUUCCAUUACAAAUUUCUCAAGUGAUAAUCUCAACCAGUGUUUCAAUAUUCUUGACGGCUACUGCAUUCUCUGCGGAUCACAACCCGACACUUUUAUACAGAGCUGUGCGGAGGUUGUAAUGCAGUCUUGUCGAUCCUACAUCCGCGAGGUCAAAUCAGAAAGCGUUGUCAUCAUUGUGACUGUACUGGAGCACAUAGUCCAGCUCUACCCUUCUCACGUCCCCUCUCUCAUCUCACCCAUCCUUCCCAACCUCUUCACUGAUACCCUCGAUGAAGUGAACCACCCCCCAGCAGUGUCAGCCUCUCUCUCUCUGCUGGCAAGAAUCCUGCUCCAAAACUCUACCUUUUUCUUCUCCUUCCUCCAGCAAAUGGCCUCCCAGACUCAGCAAACUGUAGGAGACCCUCUCUCUCUGUUUCUCCUCCCUAAUCCUCUUUCUCCUCUGAGUGACGAUAGCUUUCUAGUACCACCCCUUUUGUUCCCCUCCUCUCACUCUUUCUCUGUCUCACACAGCCAGCCUCUCUCUUUGGACAUCUCAUCGAAUUCUGGACCGAAAAAAUAGACGACAUGUCACAAGUCCAACAUCGUAAGCUGUCAGGUCUAGCAAUGGCCUCUCUUCUUCCCCUCAAUGACCAGUGAGUCACCAAACCACACCCCCUGAUUAACCCUCCGAGUAAAUAGCUUAACUCUUUUGUGACUGUAUUGUGUAGGUGUGUCACCAGUCGGUUCGGUACCAUUGUGAAUGCUUGUGUUGAAAUCUUGCACGAUGUCAUGGAAACAACUGAAAAUGAUAUUCUCUACGAUCAACUGGUCAACUCUUCCGGGAGUGGUUCGGAAAACAAAGGUUCGACAGUAAUGCAGUCAGAACACGAAAAACGGGAAACACAGCUCGCUGCAUGUGACCCAGUGCGGGCGCUUUCAUUCCACGGGUAUGUCACGAGCAAAUUGGACGCCUGUGCUGUUGUGCAUGGUCCAGCUGCCUACCAGCACCUCAUGAAGGGUGUGGAUGGAUCAGUGAAGGAGCAACUCGCUGUAUUUCUACCACAGGAACAUUUGCGAACUCUUUUGGCCCUCGAUGCAAUCUAGCCCCUUUCUUUCCUCAUUUUUGUAUCAUGCGUUUCAUCAACCUAUAUACUUUUAUUUUUAAGGAUUCUCGCACAUUUGCGCGCGCGUUGCGAGUGAUAAUACACCAUAAACGGACCUAUGAACUUUGACCCACACCACGUGGAGCUGGAGAUAUGGCGGCGGUGGUGGAUAGGUUCGAGUUCAAGCGACUGGUACUCAAGGCGACCCCUCGAGUCGGGAGCGCGGAGGAAAGCAAGGAAAACAGCUUCUGGAGAAAAUUCAAGUUCCCCAUCGUUUCCAAGGAGGCUGGGGCGGUCACGAGCAUUCACUUCUCUCCCACUGAACCCCACGACUUCGCUGUCACAGCUGGGUCAAAAGUGCAGCUGUACAGCAGUGCGACCAAUGAGGUGAGGAAGAGCCUUUCGAGGUUUCAGGAGGUGGCCUAUUCUGGGCACUUCCGACAUGACGGACAGCUCUUGGUUGCCGGGAGUGAAGGAGGCGUGGUCAAGGUGUUUGACUGUGGCAGCAGAGCCAUUUUGAGGCAGUUCAAAGGGCAUGCAAAAGCUGUCAAGACGGUCCAUUUUUCACCGGACGGUCUCCGAGUCCUGUCCGGUUCUGAUGACACCUCGGUACGGAACUGGGACCUCGCUACUGGAGCCUGUGUCACAACUCUCAGAGGGCACGAGGACUAUGUUCGCCGAGUGGUGUGUAUCCCGUCCAGCUGUGAUCUGGUACUGUCCGGUUCCUACGACCACAAACUAAGACUCUGGGACCUCAGAACGGGAACGGGGGUAUGGGAAUGCGACCACGGACACCCGGUGGAGACACUGCUGGUGUUCCCCUCUGGUGGAAUGGGAGUGAGUGCAGGAGGGAAUGUGGUACGGGUCUGGGACCUCCUCCGGGGUGAGAGGGGUAGGCCCCUGAUCAGUGUCUCCAAUCAUCAGAAGACCGUCACUUCACUCGCAUUUGACGGAAGCUGUAGAAGACUUCUGUCUGCCGGGCUCGACAAACAGCUAAAGGUGUACAGUGUUGAGGACUACCGUGUUAUCCAUAGUAUGAGCUACCCAGCGCCCGUUCUUAGCCUGGCCAUGUCGCCAACUGACAGCCACCUCGUGGUAGGAAUGACAAACAGACUCCUAUCCAUAAAGCAGCGACCAGUCAAAUCAGGAGAGGAACCGGCUCUAGCCUCAGACUCGCGUCUCCUGUCCAGUCAACUGAGACCAGGGACACAUCGAUACUUCGUACGAGGGAAACACUACCAGCCUGCAAAUGAUGAAUACUUUGUGGCACAGACAAAGAAGCAGAGUGUGCCUCAACACGAGCGUUUCCUGAGGAAGUUUGAGUACAGAGAGGCCCUGAACAGUGUUCUGAAGGUAUGAAUGUGUGAGUACAGAGAGGCCCUGAACAGUGUUCUGAAGGUAUGAAUGUAUGAGUACAGAGAGGGGGGGCCUGAAAA